AGGCGGGCGAGUGCAUGUUCCAGCUGCAACGAGCCCAUCGCGCGAAGUCGGCGCCGCUGAGCGUGUGCGAGCGGCGGCUGGAGCUCCGGGAGGCGCGGCCGGAGCAGGAGCGGGUGGUGGACCAGUGCCAGGCGGCCCUCGAGGCCGAACGGCGUACGCUGGUGGACUCCCGGGAGCAGCUGCUGCGCCUGGCGGGGCAGGCUGCGCAGUCCCUGCUGAGGCUUGACGCGGUGAAGGGCGAGCUCGUGCGCGACCUCCAGGCGAAGCGGCAGUCCCUGCGGACAGACCGCGGGUGCCUCAGCGCCCGCAAGCCGAUCUCCCGGAAUAGCAGCCGCUCCCCGCCCGCCCUCGUCGCCUCGGGCCUCGGCUGGUGGGCGCAGCUCGGGGGGGAGAGGAUGGACACAGCCACCGGCAGGUGCGGGCCGCUCGGCGCGGGGAUGUCGGGCCCGUGGCGCCGCCUCGUCGACGAGGACCGCGCGGCGGCCGCGAAGAGCUGCUGCGGCGUCCUCAGCAGCAGCAGCGAGGAGGAGGCGGAGUCGGAGGGCGACCACGGCGCAUCCAGCAGCGACGAGUCGGCCGAGGGGCCGGCCGCCCACGGCCUCGCCUGGAGCCCGCUCCUGGGGAGGGACAUCAUCCUCGACGACGAGCAGGCCACCUACGUCCUCGUGUUCACCCGGGCGGCUGAGCCCGGGCCAGGCGUCGUGGACCGCGGGGCGACCAUCUCCAGGCCGCUGGAGAGGGCCAGGAGGAUCUUCAGGCAGCAGAAGGACCGGGAGAUCGAGGGGCUCGGCGCCGGGCCCGUGCUCGCCGAGGAGUACCACGGCGUCGUGCGGCGGAAGCUCGAGGCCGUCCUCGAGAGGAGCGGUUUUACCUGCGCUUGCUUCCCCAGCGUGGACGGCGACGAGACUUUCUUGAAGCUCUACCUGGAUCCCGACGGGGACGUGGUCCGUGCGCUGGCCGAGCGCUUCGAAUACAAUGUGCCCCUGAGGAGGACCUGCUACGGGUCCACAAAGCGGAUCACCAACGCCGAGGGAUCCCUGUGCUUCGCCUACACCCCGUUCACUGCUGAUUUGUACAGGCGCGCCAAGCUGCAGCGCUUGCGACGAGUGGACGUGAUCCGCAUCGCCCACCAGCAUUUGUCCAGCAUCAUCGACCUUGAGCAGUUGUGCAAGCAGGGGUUCAUCUCUGUGCACUUCGCGGCGGCAACGUCCGAGGCUUACGAAUGGUUCUGUCCUUAA